UCCGGGGUGGCGCGCGGCGUCCCGGAACUGAGCGAGCCGGUGUUGGAGCUCCAGGCGCGGGGUCGAGCAUGUCCGGGCGAGGCAAGCAGGGCGGUAAGGUGCGCGCCAAGGCCAAGUCGCGCUCGUCGCGCGCGGGCCUGCAGUUCCCCGUGGGCCGCGUUCACCGGCUGCUGCGGAAGGGCAACUACGCGGAGCGCGUGGGCGCGGGAGCGCCCGUGUACCUGGCGGCGGUGCUGGAGUACCUGACGGCCGAGAUCCUGGAGCUGGCGGGCAACGCGGCCAGGGACAACAAGAAGACGCGCAUCAUCCCUCGCCACCUGCAGCUGGCCAUCCGCAACGACGAGGAGCUCAACAAGCUGCUGGGCCGCGUGACCAUCGCGCAGGGCGGCGUCCUGCCCAACAUCCAGGCUGUGCUGUUGCCCAAGAAGACGGAGAGCCAGAAGGUGAAGAGCAAGUGAACCCGACGGACGGGUGCAAAGCCCACCCGCCCGCCACAGUCCGCAGCCAAUAAAGUCGGUGAAAAGCGA